AUGAAACCCACCAUCCUUCCAACCCUCCCCCUCCUCUCCCUCCUCCUCCCGCUCGCAACCACCCACCCCACCCCCCAAGACACCAUCACCACGAGCACUAUAACCCCAGGCCACGCCAUAAUCCUCAACACCUGCGCCUUCCCCAUCUACGCAUGGUCCGUCUCAUCCACAGUCGGUCCGCAAAUCACCAUCCCUGCAGCUCAACCCGUCACCAGCACCAGCACCAACAAUAGCACCACCCAACAAUUCUCCAACUACACUGAACCCUACCACCAUGAUGCGCAAACCGGCGGAGUGAGCAUCAAGCUCACGACUCUCCGGAACGGACUGUAUACGGGUGCGCCGCAAACAAUCUUCGCGUAUAACUUUGUCGAGGGCCAGAAUCAGGUGUGGUUUGAUUUGUCGGAUGUUUAUGGCGACCCGUUUAAGGGGAGGAGGGUGAGUGUGCAGGUUAGGGUUGUGCAGGGCGGUGAGAAUGGUGGUGGUGGUGGUGAUAGGUGGGAGGAGAGUAUUGUUUGGGAGGAUGGGGUGCCGGUCGGGGGGAGUCAGGUUAGGGUUGUCGGGGCGGAGAGGGAUUUGGUGGUUAGGUUGUGUUCGUAG